AUGAGUCUCAAUCGGCAAGAUACAACACGGAAGAACGAGGAUGAGGUGGCUACACAGCCUGUCUUGCAAAGCCUGCCAUUAAGUUCAGCCGCAGGUUCGGUUCAGGAAGCUGUUCCGACGCCAUCCCCGUUCCUUAGCCAGACUCGGAGCAAGCUCGCUGAACCGGUCGUCGCUGCGUUCAUGGCCGGCGGCGUUGCCGGCGCUGUCUCACGAACCAUCGUAUCGCCCCUGGAACGAUUGAAAAUUCUUUUGCAAAUUCAGAGUGUUGGUCGCGAAGAAUACAAGUUGUCGAUAUGGGAAGGUCUCAAGAAGAUGAAGCGGGAAGAAGGAUGGCGUGGAUUUAUGCGGGGAAACGGUACCAACUGUAUCCGCAUUAUUCCCUACUCGGCGGUGCAAUUUGGCAGUUACAACUUCUACAAGAGAUUUGCUGAGACGCCUGAUGGCGAGAUGACACCAGUGCGUCGCCUCAUCUGCGGUGGUUUCGCAGGUAUCACCUCGGUGACAGUAACUUACCCACUGGACAUCGUUCGCACUCGCCUUUCCAUCCAAUCUGCUUCGUUUGCCAGUCUAGGAUCUCGCGACCCCUCUCAAAAGCUUCCGGGGAUGUUUACCACCAUGGUCUCAAUAUAUAAGAACGAGGGUGGGAUGAUCGCUCUCUAUCGCGGAAUCAUUCCUACUGUCGCCGGCGUUGCCCCUUAUGUUGGGCUCAAUUUCAUGACUUACGAAUCAGUUCGCAAAUACCUGACUCCUGAGGGGGACAAAAAUCCCAAUCCGUGGCGAAAACUGCUCGCCGGUGCCAUAUCUGGAGCUGUUGCACAAACCUGCACAUACCCCUUCGAUGUUCUCCGUCGACGCUUCCAAAUUAAUACCAUGUCCGGCAUGGGAUAUCAGUACAAAUCCAUAUGGGAUGCUGUCCGAGUGAUUGUGGCCGAAGAAGGCGCACGAGGCCUGUUCAAGGGUAUCGGGCCUAAUCUCUUGAAAGUCGCACCCAGUAUGGCCAGCAGCUGGCUCAGUUUCGAGUUUACGCGAGAUUUCCUGGUGAGUUUGAAUGAUAGAGAUUAG